CCUUUUUUUUAUUAUUAUUAUUAUGGAUGCCAACUUUCUUCGAUCUGCUAAUUCUACAUUUUUCGAAGAUGAUGAUAACCAAGAAACAGAAGCUAUUGCUACAGAAACAUACGAUAACCGAGAUAUGGUAAUGUUUGCCAUUGACUGUUCACCAAAAAUGAUGACAAAGGAUAUUGAUGGUUAUACACCUUUUGUCAAAGUAAUGAAAUGUCUUCAUUCUGUAUUGGUGGCCAAGGUAUUUAGUAAUACAACUGAUUUAGUUGGUGUACUUCUUUAUGGAACGGAAAAAGCAGAAAAUCCAGCAAAUUUUGGUCAUGUUUAUAUAUUACAAGAUCUUGAUUCACCUACUCCAACACGUAUUAAACAAAUCGAAAGUAUGAUGAAUGGUGAAGUAGACUUUGAACAAUUAUAUGGAAUCACUUCAGCCGAAUUUCCUCUUGGAGAUGUAUUCUGGACUUGUGCUGAUAUUUUUUCAGCAAUUACUCAAAAAAGAACCAGUAAACGUGUAUUUUUAUUUACCAAUCAAGAUCAUCCUCAUAGUGAUAAUGAAAAAUUAAGAAAUGCUGCUAUACAACGUGCAAAGGAUCUUUUGGAUAUGAAUAUUCGAAUUGAACUCUUUGGAUUGGAUCGCAUUCAUCAUAAUUUUGAUUAUAAACAUUUUUACCGGGAAGUAUUCAUACAUGAAAAAUCUGAUGAUUUUUAUGAUGAUGAUGAAGCAAAUGAUUUUAUAAUGGAAAAAGGAUCUACCAAACUUGAAGAAUUAAUGACAAGAAUACGACGAAAAGAAGUGAAGAAAAGAUCUUUAUUCUCAAUACCAUUCAAUAUUGCAAAGGAUCUUACUAUUGGUGUGAAAGGUUAUUCUUUGGCCAUGGAACAAAAGAAAGGUUCUCCAAAAAAGGUAUUGACUGAAGGAGAACGAAUACAAGAAGUACAAACUGUGACAGCCUAUCAAUGCAUGGAUUCAAAUCUCUUCCUAACGGAUUACGAUGUUAAAUACUUUUUUCCAUAUGGUGGUGAAAAGGUUGUGUUUACAAAGGACGAAAUAAAUGCAAUGCGAAAUGUUGGUGAUCCAGGUCUUACACUCCUUGGCUUCAGACCUCAUUCUAUUCUUUCAAAUUAUCCCAAUGUCAAACAUUCAUACUUUAUCUAUCCAAGUGAAAUGGAAUACGAAGGUAGUACCAGAACUUUCACUGCUUUAUUGAAUGCUGUCUUAGAUCAAGAUAAGAUAGUCAUGUGUUACCUUAUUCGACGCAAAAAUACAAUGCCAAACCUAGUAGCAUUAGUACCUCAGAAUGAAAAAUUGGAUGAUGAUGGUAUACAAAUAACACCUCCUGGAUUUAACGUGAUUUGUCUUCCAUAUGCCGAUGAUAUCCGACAGAUACCUGUAGAAUCCACACCACAUGCAACAAGUUUACAAGUGGACUUUAUGAAAUCAAUUAUCAACAAACUGUUUAUCAAAGGUGAUUAUGAUCCAAUGGUAUUUGAAAAUCCAGGAUUACAACAACAUUAUGCUACACUUCAAGCAAUUGCAUUGGAUGAACCAUUAGAAAAAUCGGAUGAUAGUACAAUACCCAAGUUUGAAAUGAUUGAUAACAGAUUAGGUGAUGAAAUUAUAGCAUUCAAAGACCUCAUCCCAAAUUAUGGUAAUUUGAUGGAAAAUGCGUCAAAUAUCAACCAAAAACGGAAGGAUAUCAUCGGCGAUUCCGGAACAAGUGGCAAGAAACGACAAGCAACACAUAAUCUGAGUGUGGAACAAGCGUAUAAAGAUCAACAGUUGGAUAAGUGUACAGUACCAAUGUUAAAAGAAUGGUUAAAUUCAAGGGGCAUAUUACCACAAGGUAAUAAACCAAAUCUUAUGGAUCAAGUUUAUCAAGCAUUGAAAUCAGUAUAAUAUUAGUUAUCAAUUGUCGGUCAAUAAAAAAAAAUUUUAUAUCUAUCCCUUUGAUCAGUGAGUCCGAAACAUUUUUUUUUAUUU